AGAGUAUGUAAGUACCGCACUCAUCAAAUCGAUGAGCGAGGCUUGCAUACCAGAUCCCGUGCUCGGCGUGCUGUCACACACACAUCAUGACCGCAACGUCAAGCCCGCCCCAGGCCCGGCGUUACCUGAUCCCUGAUUGGUUCCUGGAGUGCAACGUCAAGACCGCGGCAGACCUUGCUGCGGCUCCCGAGCAGAUCGUCUUUUGCAACUGCGAUGAUUGCAAGGAGGCGAAAGACGACGACGACGACGACGACGACGAGGAUGGCGGCGAUGCGGGUCUCGCAGGCGGAAAGGUGUGCCCUGAUGAUAAAGCAGGGCCAGCUGAUGCCGGGAAGGACGAUGGCAGCGCCAGACAGCCCAACGACACCAGCUUCAGCUCGUCGCUCGCCAGGGAGCUGCCCGCGGACGAGAUCCACUACAGGACGUUCGCGAGGCUCCGCGACAUGACCGCGGCGGCGCUCGUGGCGGACCGCAGCGGGAGGCUGGUGCGGCCAGAGGGCUCGGCCGUCGUGUUCCGCCUGGAGAAGGAGCUGCCACCCAUAGCAGACGACGACGACGGCUGCACCACGGGGCGGUACCUGGAGCCGGUGUGGAUGGGCCGGGCCGUGGGGCGCGUCGCCAGGGCCCUCGGCGUGGCGCUGGUCGAGCUGGACUUUCAGGACCUCGAGGAGCUCGGCUGCGAGUUCCACCGCCAGGACCGCCGCGACGUGGAGGCGCGGGGGUGCGAGGGUGAGGGUGAUGCCACCGCAUCGGAGGGGCUGGCCUUGACGUCGGAGAGGCCCCAGGGAGAUGCCGAGGGCGAUGCUGAGACUGAGGGGGAUGGAGGCGUGGCAUGUGCUACAUCAAUAGGGGGAAGUGGCAACAAGGCUGAGAAGGCCCCAGACGUCAAGGAGACUCAAGAGGCCGAGGCGGACCAAGAAGACGGGGAUGUCAAAAAAGCCGAGGACGCCGAAAAAGCCGAGGAUGGCAAGGGAGCUGGGGAGACCAAAGAAGCUGAGGAGACCAAAGAAGCUGAGGAAACCCAAAAGGCUGAGGAGGUCCAAGAAGCUGGGGAUGUCGAAGACGCAGAGGAUGGCGAGGACGCGCAGGAUGUCGACCACGAAGAGAAUGGCGAAAACGAAGAGGAUGUCGACGACAGCAAUGAGAAUGCUUCGACAAACCAGCAGCAAUGGGAGCCCGAUGUGUGCUCACUGGACGCGUUCAUGCACCAUUUCUUUGGUGCUCGCGCAGAGCGUUACGCCGAUGGAGCGUGGUGGCAACGGACACAACUGGCUUGGACUCUUCUUCUAGACGCCGUCAUGAACAAGCUUACCACAGAGGGUAAAGCUAGAGAGAUGCCGGGCGGAACUCCUCGUCAUCGUCAAAGCGCCGUUAUAUUCCACCUCGUCGACUAUCGCCCUGUUGAGUACGCCCUGAAGCGACGGAUCCUGGCGCGGUUUGCCGAAAAGGUGCGGGAGAGACGGAAGCAGGGCGACGCCGUGGUCAUGAUUGUGUCUACCAAGGAUUAUGUGUUGGACCCGGGCGAGAGAUUGCAGAGGAAGAUUGGAGCCACGAAAGCGUCAAAUAUGUUUGCGCGCGACGUCAAGAUGAGCGAUGAGGACUUGGCUCUUCGGGAGAAGACUUACAACGGUGCCGUCAACGCGCGGACCCUGAGGCACUGCCUGAGAGAGUGCUGUGGUCAUUGCUUCCCCGCGGAUCUUGUCAAGGUCACUGCGAACUGGGCGUGCUCGGAGCGCGGCAAGAGCCUCAGGACGUUUGGAAGCUCCCUGUGGACGUCCGAGGAUGUGGGCCACAUCGUCACUCAGAUCAUGGGUCGGUCCUGGCUCAAGCCUGAGCUGAGAUUCGCAGACAUUCGAGGCGUGCUGAGACGUCUGGGAUUUUAUAACCCGGUCGAGCCACAGACUCAAGACGCACCGGCAAGCGCAGAGAAAGCCGGGCCCAACGACAAAGACACGGGCGAUACCGCUGGAAAUCCGUCUUCCGAGGACACCGAGUCCGAGGAAAAGCUUAGCGAAGUGCUCGAAGCUCUCGACCUCAACGACCUCGAGGACGAGCUGACGAAAUAUAUAGUGGAUCGUGAAUCCUUGAAGACCGGUUGGGAUGAUGUGAUUGUCGACGACGAAACUAAGGAGCUCAUGCAGCAGUUCGUCGCCUCGCAUAGUCUACAGUUCGACUGCGAAUCCGAGAACCUGAGGCAAGCCCUGCGCAUGCGAGGGGCACUGCUCUACGGGCCUCCCGGGACAGGCAAGACCGCGCUCAGUCGUGCCGUUGCCACGGCCUCCGGAUCACGUAUGAUUGCUGUCAGCAGCGCCGCGCUGAUUUCCCAGUUCGACGGAGAAUCAGAAAAGUAUAUUGAAGCAGCCUUUACGCUCGCGGGCAAGCUCCACCCAUGCGUGCUGUUCAUCGACGAGGUCGAUGCGCUUUUCUAUCGACGCAGCUCUGGCGACCCGGCUCACAAGCGUGCUCAAUCAAACCAGUUCCUAAGUCAAUUGGAUGGCCUUUCGCAUGAUAAUAAGGCCCCACUCGUCCUUGUGGCCACGAAUAGACCAUGGGACCUGGACGAGGCGUUCCUGAGACGCCUCCAGCAUAAGAUCUACAUUGGGCUACCUGACUUCCAGGCCCGCGCUCGCAUCCUCGGACUGUUUCUUCACCUGGAAGACCUAGAUCCGGCCGUCGAUAUCAACGGUCUCGCGCUGGUGACUGAGAACUACUCGGGCUCGGACCUCAAAACUCUUUGUGCCAAAGCUGGUCUGCUUUGGGAAGUAGAGCAGGCCCGCUUACAAUCUCUGUACAAUUCGCUCUCUGAAAAGUUUUCAGUGGCUACCAAGACACCCAAAAAGGUGCAGCUUGGCAUUGACCACUUUGUCAAGGCCCUUGACCAGGUCCAGCCCAGCCAUGUCGCCGGGGACCUGGCAGAAGGCCUCGAGAAGUUUUCGAGGAAGCACAAUCCAUCAGUCUCCACUUCAGAUAAAGAACCCGGCAUCCGUCUCAUCUACAACAUCGCAACCAAGCGGCACGAUAGAGUUCAUGUUGGAGAUCUGAUCUCCAAGAUUACUGCCGUGGAUGAUGUUCCGGCUGUAAAGCAGGACGAAACCGCAGAUUAUGAAAAGCAGGUGCAGGCAUGGUGCCAGCUGGACCUUUUUGGUCAUCUUGUGCGUCGUCUACGCACCCGUUUGGCCGUACUCUUGUUCUAUUCUCAGAGAGUAUUGGAACAUCAGAUGCAAGUGCAGGCCUGGUGUCAAAUUCACAUUCCAACGCAUCUCAUGCGUCGUUUAUACAGCAACUUGGCCGCGCUCUUUUUUUGUCUCCACAACUCCAACCAUUCCGCUGCGACUCUAAAGCAGGCUGCCUUGGACUCGGAGCACUCGAGAUUGAGGGGCCCCGGAUCAAGAACGAGACAGAAGACACGGAAGACUGUGCGAAGAAAGAGGUCUAAGCUCAAAGAAAACGUGUCGGCUGCCUUGGACCAGGGGAAAUCAACAGAGGCUGGCCCCAUUUCAGAAACACGACAGACGACGCAAAACACUGCGCCAGCAGACGAGUCCAAGCUCCAACAAAGCCCUCCGGCUGCCAAGACGACGAACUUCCGCUACUCGCCGCUUGGGAAAAAUGAGUUCCGCCUAUUGAUCAUCGCUCCAGGCGAGACAGACGCCCCCUUGGUGUGCGCUCUGAAGCACACAUCCUUCGAAUCGGACCAAUGGUUCUGCGCGCUCUCGUACACCUGGGGCUCUCCCGAGCCGCCCUUCUUCAUCAAGUGUAACGGGGCCGACAUACGUGUCACGAGGUCUCUUUACGAGGCCUUGAGUCAGAUGCGGCGGCGGAGGCUCCCCGUCAUCACAUGGGCCGACGCUAUAUGCAUCAACCAGAACGACAACGCCGAGAAGGCCGAGCAGGUGAUGCGCAUGACGGAGAUCUACUCCGGGGCCGGCCGGCUGUUCAUAUGGCUCGGCAACCCCGUCGUGGCUGCGGAUGCCGACGUCGCUGUUGCGGCAGUGGAGAAGGCCGCGGGAAUCGUGGUGUCUCUGGAGCGCCAGUGGAGGGAAAAACUACACAGCCGGACAUUCUUUGAAGCGGUGUGGCAGGACAGGAUACGAGCCGAGGAUUUCAGCCGAAACGAUUGGCAAAAACUCCAGGACUUUUUGCUCAUGCCCUGGUUCUCACGCGUGUGGAUCUUCCAAGAAGUAGCCUCGGUCAUGGCCGUUUCGUCAGACAAUGUCCGCGUAGGGUACGGAAACCGCGUCGUUGGCUGGGAGCCGGUCUCCAGCGUCAUGGGGAUUCCCGAACCGUUCAAAACUGUCAACCCAGUCAGCGUCCGCUGGCUCACCGCCGCCUCGAUGGAGAGGGAGUUGUUCACGGAAGCAAAGUCGCGCAACGUUAACUUCUUCCUCCCGACGACUGAUGAGGUUACGGAAGAGGACGUGGCCGAGGCUCUUGGGCGCAAGCAUGGUGGUCACGCCCUGGGAGCGCAUGAGCGCCAAGGCAAAUUGUCUGCCAGCGUCGCCAUCGUAGUCGACCUCUGCAGGCUUCAUUUUCCGAGACUUGAGAAGUCUACGUUGGAGAAGUAUACGUUCACUCAGCUGGACACAAAAUUAAUGGUGGAGGCAGUUUCUACCAUAUUCUUAAGUGAGUCUCAAGGGAUGGCCACGAAGCAUUUGAAAGAGUAUGUGAUACUCGAUGGGCUCGCCGAAUCAGCCUUAGUGUACUUCCACCAAACCGGGGAUGGUGACGAGUGGUGGGAGCCGGGGAAUCCCGCCUUGUUGAAAUUACGGCGCCUGAUCGGCUUCAUCACUGAUGCCUCCUUGAGACACACGAGUGGAGGUGGUGCCCUCAUCACCGUUGGAUUCAAAACCUCAACUUUCAGCUACAUCCCCGGCAUCAGAUACAGGAUGUGGCCGCGUAUAGAGCUAGCGAGGCGACUGGAAGCCACCGACCUCCGGGACAAGCUUUAUGCCUUUCUCGGCAUGUUCAGCGAAGACGUCGCGGACGAGCCGCUGCUCAAGGUCGAUUACGAUUUGAGCGUGGCUGAGGUCUACGCCAACCUCACAAUCUACUUUGUCAAGCGUCUCUUGUGCCUCGAUGUCUUGGAAUUUGUCAACGACAUGCGGACAGAUAAACCACGCAUAUCCAACCUCCCGUCUUGGGCGGUUGAUCUAUCUUCACCUACCGACUUGCAACUGUUCAACAUCGGACGAUUCAAUGCUGGCGGGGCUACUGACCUUGGCAAUGCAGAAUUCCCGAUGCAUGUGCUAGGAGUCAAGGUAUCAGAUGACUGCAGACGACUGGACCUCCAUGCUUUCCGUGUGGGCGAAGUGACUGAGCUUGGCUUUUUACCACACCAUUACCGAACCAUUGAACACCUGACUGGCAACGGCGAUCGCGACGACUAUGAGAACAUCAAAGCGGCAGAAUUGAGAACAUAUGGCCUUGCGCUCGACAUGGUCAGCAACUCAAGGUUGGGCCAAAGCACUCGGGACUGGAAGGACGUGACUAGCGAAAACCCAACGGGGAAUUGUUUCUCCCCGUCAGCCAUCUCCAACAUGCAAUCACGCCCCUACCUCGGCGGCGAGGACAUGUGUAAAGCUUUCUGGCGCUGCAUUAUUUGCAACCAGUUGAUGUAUCGGACCGAAAACAGACACGACGCCCCAAUCUCACCUGAAGAAAGAGCCGCCGAAAUGGAGCAGGUCUUCCUCGAAUACCACAACAUGAUAUCUGCAGGCUACAUGCCGCGAGAAGUAACCCCCGGACACCCGGGCUCGGCGCCCAUCGAGCCUAGCGCCAACGCCUAUCUAUUCUCCACCGAGUUCGAGCCGCAUGCCCGGACGCGCGUCUUUGGCGUGGUGGCGGACGAGCUGAUCGGGUGGUUCCCUCGCCGGGCGCAGAAGGGGGACGUGCUCGUGGUCUUCCCCGGGGCAAGGUGUCCGUACGUGCUGAGGAAGGCGCGGAGAGAUUCGUGCGAGGUGGGCUUGGAUCAGGAUGCGGGUAAGGACGAUACCGCGCGGGAACAAGACGAACGGAGUGAGUGGGAGGUUGUUGGGCAUGCGUAUGUGCAAGGGCUGAUGGAAGAUGUCGUGAGCGAAUGGGAACUCGGCCUGACGGAAAACGGAAAAAGGAUUUUGGGAAAGCUGAACGCUGGUGGAGAGGCGCCGGCUGCGGAGAGGAUCUGUCUUGUAUAAAGGUCUGCGCAGUAGAUGCCGUACAGUGUCCUGAUCCUUGAACUUGACGGAAUGUUGCUACUCAUAUUACCAACCG